GGCGAUCAGCUUGCUGAGGAGGCUAUCGAGUGGACAUUGGAGUUCGCAUAUGUCUCAUUGAAGAGGCAGGAUUGCCAGCCUCACUUCUUCAAGAUUCAGAACCUCGACAAUGGCAAGGGCGGAGCUGCCGGUUGGUUUGCGGCUCAUUUGCAGAAGUUCUUGUUGGUGCGACACUUGCUGGAAGUUCCCAAGAAGAUGGAGCUUUCGGACCUCCAGGACGCAAUGUCACUGUUGAGCACUCCGCUUGCCUGGAACAGCAACUAUCCCAAAGUUUCCGACGACGAGAACACGGAGGCGGAGGAGCAGAAGCCAACACACAGCGAUGCCGUCUCAAAGGCUAUAGCCAAGCUCACGGAGGAGCACAAGUCGUUUUUCUUGUUUGCCAAGUGCCUUAUGGAGGGUGACUUCAACAAGAACUUGAACGAGAUGUGUGGCACCAAAGGCUUCCGCAUCGUGUCAGCUUUGUUCAACCAAGACAAUUCGUCCGCCCACAAGAACAUGGAGAUUGUCAUUGAGCUCAACAAGGCACUGAAGGGACUUACAGAAACAAGGCCAGUGAGCACCACUACCUCCUCGGAGGCACCGGGUCUCGGCGCCAGGGCGUUGGCUGUGCUUCAAAAUGAGGAACAGGAUCAUGUGCAGCGAGAGAGAGCUGAGGCCGAGCUGAACUCGUCUCAUCGUGUCUUUGUCAUUUCCAUGGACCUGUACGAUGAAACCUCGCCAACCCCUUGGUCUUCCAUUUCCAGCUUGGAGAAGAAUCAUCAGGAAGAAAUCACAAAGAUCCUGAAGUUCCUCGAGAAGGUUGCGGUGCAGCAGACAGACUUCAUUGUCGCUUUCUGUGGCCGCUCAGCAAUCAACCGGCGAUUCCUCGAGGAUGCUCUGAGUGUCUUGCAGUGUCCAUCCACGGUCACUGAUAUUUGGCUCUCAUAUCGCACCGGGAAAGCUGCCGAUCGCCCUGCCAGCCGGCGAGUCUUUGGGGGCGCGCCUCACCACGAAAUCGGCUUCAUGAAGGGUCAGGUCGCAAGGGUGCGACUCAAUACCAAGGAUCGCGAG